AUGCACCGAGACAUCAGAAGGUACGUGCGAAACUGCGACAGCUGCAUGAAGUACAAGCCCAACCAGCUGCAAGCAGCCGGAAAAAUGCUGACCCAGGUCCCGGAAGAACCAUGGGCCACCGUGUGUGCGGACUUUGUGGGCCCCUUGCGAGGUCAAAGCACGGAGGAUACGGAGGAAGUGCCCGACUUGGAGCUGUCGGAGGAAGAGACGGUGGCCGAAGGGCCAGUCGCGUAUUUGUCCCUCUCUUCGGAGAGUGAGGAGGACGACGGGGGUGAGACCGUCACCCCGGUGGUGUCCUCGAAAGAGGACGAAGGAUGCCGGAGCGAGAGGGCGAGGGACGCCAUGCCGUCGGAAGACCUGCAGGAGUUGCGCGAGUUCGCGGACGCGCGGAACGCCACGCUGCGACAGUUUGAGCGGAUGGUGGUGGAGCGGAAGGCAGCCGCUGCCAAGGCCGCGUGGCAGAAACGCCUGUCAGAGUGGCAGAAGGAGGAGAAGGCGCUGUGGGUACCACACCCACCGUCGUCGUUGCCAUCCCGGCAGCCACCGACACCACCGCCGCCGUCGCAGCCACCGUCACCACCGAUGCAGCAGCGACAGGAGCAACCGCAGCCGCCGACUCCGGAGCCGCAACACCGAGAGCUGCCGCAGCCACCGACGCCGAUGCCGCAGCCGCAACCACAGCCGCCCAGCAAACAGGCACGCGGGCCAGCAAACGGACGCGGGCCAGCAAACGGACGAGGGGCCAGGCACGCGGGCCGGCAAGUCGACGCGAGGCUGCCGCAGGCGCGGAAACGAGAAAGAAGGCCUCCAGGGCGCUUGGGGGCCAGGGACAGCCGCCCGGACCAUGCAGGCGCAGUCAUCAUUGGAUGCCCGCAGAAGCGCCUAAAGGGCGCCUGGGUCCAGGACCAGCAACCCCGGAGCAUAAAGGGGCAUCGCAUCGAGUGGGAGUAG